UCCCUCAACAGUGGCAUUUUCUUUCUUUUCAUCUACAUUAAUAUAUAUUGGUCCUUUUCUUAAAGAUAUUCAAGCUAAAUCUUCAACUUUGGUAGUUAAUGUAGUGAAAAAAAGCACUGUUCAUCGAUUUUCUAUUUAA